GCCACUUCUCAACUGCGAGGCGAGUCUGGCGGAGCGACUUGAAUCAGCACCACCACCCCGCAGGUUUUUUUCUCGCCCUGAGUGUUUCCUCUCCCCUCUCCCGUCCCUGCUGCGUCCACACCGGCCGUGAAUAUGCAGCGGCUCCGUCCUGCGCAGGGAAUGACGUUGUUAUUGCCGGUCGCUUUGUGGAUUUUCUGCCUUGUCAACGAUGUGCGCGGAGCUUUGCCAACAACCGCAAAGUGUGACGAAGCUCUCGCCUCCCCUCUGCCUCACACAGCCUUCACCAGCUCAUCUGUUUUCUCCAAUGGAUACGCACCCGGAUACGCCAAGCUCAACAGGAGAGGAGGUGCCGGUGGUUGGUCACCUCUGGACAGUGACCAUUACCAGUGGCUCCAGGUGGACCUGGGGACCAGAAAGCAGGUGAGCGCCAUAGCAACGCAGGGUCGCUACAGCAGCUCUGAUUGGACAACACGGUACCGCCUUCUCUACAGUGACACAGGACGGAACUGGAAACCAUAUCACCAGGACGGCAAUAUUUGGGCCUUUUCUGGUAACUCCAAUUCAGAGAGUGCUGUUCGCCAUGAGCUUCAGCAGGGGAUCGUGGCUCGAUUCCUCAGGCUUGUGCCGUUGGACUGGAGUGAAGAGGGACGGAUCGGCCUGCGCGUUGAAGUCUACGGAUGCUCCUACUGGUCUGACGUGAUCAACUUUGAUGGACAGGGUGUCAUCUCAUAUCGUUUUAAGAUGAAGAAGAUGAAGAUCAUAAAGGAUGUGAUUGCACUGAGGUUCAAGACAUCCGACAGCGAGGGAGUGAUUCUACACGGGGAAGGACAGCAGGGAGACUACAUCACUCUGGAGCUUCACAGGGCGAAGCUUCUGUUGCAGAUUAAUCUGGGCAGUAACCAGUAUGGCUCCAUCCUGGGUCAUACGUCUGUGACCACUGGCAGCCUGUUGGAUGACAAUCACUGGCACUCUGUGGUGAUUGAACGCUACCGUCGCAAUGUCAACUUCACCUUGGACCGACACACUCAGCACUUCAGGACCAAUGGGGAGUUUGACCAUCUCGAUCUGGACUACGAGUUGAGUUUUGGAGGAAUGCCAUACAGUGGGAAGCCAGUGGGAGGAGGGAGGAAGAAUUUCAAAGGCUGCAUGGAGAGCAUCAACUACAACGGCGACAACAUUACCGACCUGGCCCGCCGAAAGAAGCUGGACACCUCUAGCUUUCGCAACUUGUCCUUCUCGUGUGUGGAGACCCACACCUUCCCAGUCUUUUUCAAUGCCACCAGCUUCCUGCAGCUGCCCGGUCGAGCCGGUCACAACACGUUAUCCGUGGGGUUUCAUUUUCGCACGUGGAACCCUGAUGGACUCCUCCUCUUCAGUAAUCUCGAUGAUGGCACGCUGGAGGUCUCCCUGGAGGAUGGCAAGAUCGUGGUUCAUAUCAACGUGUCGAAGGCGACGCGAAACAACCAGGUCGACUUAUCUUCAGGUUCUGGCUUAAACGACGGCCAGUGGCAUGCGAUACGCUUGGUCGCCAAGGAGAACUUUGCUAUGUUGACGCUAGAUGGCGAUGAGGGUUCUGCGGUUCGCUCUAGCUCACCACUCACCAUCACCACAGGAGGAACCUAUCACUUGGGAGGGUAUUUUCUGCAGACGUUGUUCCCGCCCUCCCGCCGCUCAUUUCAAGGCUGCAUGCAAGCAAUUGUGGUGGAUGACCAACCGGCUGAUUUACAUGCGGUGGAAAAAGGCACCGUGGGAGCUUUUGAGAAUGUGAGCCUGGACAUGUGUGCAAUCAUAGACAGGUGUAUGCCUAAUCACUGUGAACACGGAGGCCGCUGUAAACAGACGUGGGACAGUUUCAGCUGCACCUGUGAUGGUACAGGUUACAAUGGAGCCACGUGUCACACGUCGAUCUAUGAACCAUCGUGUGAGGCCUAUAAACAUUUGGGCAGGUCCUCUGACACCUACUGGAUUGACCCUGAUGGCAGCGGACCUCUUGGUCCCUUCAAAGUCAACUGCAACAUGACAGAGGACAAAGUAUGGACGACAGUCAUGAACAACCUACCCCCCAAAACAGCAGUUACUGGCUCCAGCAGAGACAGGCGCACCGUCCUGCAGGUCAACUACAGUGCGUCAAUGGACCAGGUGACUGCCAUCACCGCCAGUGCAGAAUACUGUGAGCAGCAAAUCAUCUACAGCUGUCAAAAGUCCAGGCUGCUAAACACUCCAGACGGGACCCCUUACACGUGGUGGGUGGGCCGGGCCAGCGAGAAGCACUUCUACUGGGGCGGCUCGGGGCCUGGCAUCCAGAAAUGUGCCUGUGGCAUCGACAGGAACUGCUCCGACCCCAAAUAUGACUGCAACUGCGACGCCGACCUCACAGAGUGGAGAGAAGAUUCUGGGCUCCUUGUAUACAAGGAACACCUUCCAGUCAGCCAGGUUGCAGUGGGUGACACCAACAGACCGGGGUCUUUGGCCAAGCUCACUGUCGGACCGCUCCGUUGCCAGGGUGACCAUAACUACUGGAACGCUGCAUCAUUCACCACCCCGUCAUCCUACCUGCACUUUGCCACCUUCCACGGUGAGACCAGUGCAGACAUCUCCUUCUAUUUCAAGACCAGCGCACCCUAUGGCGUCUUUCUGGAAAACCUGGGCAAUACUGACUUCAUUCGUCUGGAGCUCAAAUCUCCUAAGGUGGUCUCCUUCUCCUUUGAUGUCGGAAAUGGGCCGGUGGAGCUAACGGUGCACUCAGCCAUGCCCCUCAACGACGACCAGUGGCAUCGCGUAACGGCUGAGCGAAACGUGAAAGAGGCCGUCCUCCAGCUAGAUCAGACCUAUCGGGCGUCUCGGCUCGCUCCCGCACAGGGGCACACACGGCUGGAGCUUUUCAGCCAGCUCUACGUGGGGAAACCAGCCUCGCUCACCUGCCAAGAUAGUGCAGCAGGGGGACAGAGGGGAUUCCUGGGAUGCAUCCGUGCCCUGCGGAUGAACGGCAUCACUCUAGACCUGGAAGAGAGGGCCAUGGUCACGCCGGGGGUGAAGCCCGGCUGCCAAGGCCACUGCACCAGUUUUGGAAUGUUCUGCCGGAACGGGGGCAAGUGUGUGGAGAAGUACAACGGCUACUUGUGCGACUGCGCCUCCACCGCCUAUGACGGCCCGUUCUGCACAAGAGAUGUUGGGGGUUUCUUUGAGGCCGGGACGCUCAUUAAGUACAACUUCAUGCCCGAAGCGGUCGCAGGAGCCAGUCGAGAUACGAAGAUCCUGAUGCACCAGCUGACACCACAUGACGUCAAUCUGACCAAGGAGGAAGUCGCUUUUAGUUUCAGCACAUCCAGUGCUCCUGCGAUUCUGAUGUACGUCAGCUCCAAGACACAGGACUAUCUGGCUGUGGUGUUGAGGCAUAAUGGUUCGUUGCAGGUGCGGUAUAAUCUCAGAGGUCUGCGGGAGCCGUUUGCUAUCGAUGUGGACCAGCGGAACCUGGCCAAUGGACAGCCUCAUAGCAUUAACAUGUCCCGGGUCAACAGGAGCAUUACUAUCCAGUUGGAUCAUUACCCUCCGGUCAGCUACACACUCCCAGAUGCCUCAGACACGCAGUUCAACCUGGUUAAGACACUGUUCUUGGGCAAAGUCCAUGAAACUGGCAGUCUGGACCCGGUCCUCAUCGAUCAUUACAACACUCCGGGCUUUGUUGGGUGUUUGUCACGGGUGCAGUUCAACGGCAUCGCGCCCCUCAAGUCCGCACUGAGAACAGCGUCACAGUCUCAGGCCGCACCGACAGCCGCACAGUCCGACAGACGACCCGCAGUCGCGUCGCCGGUGUCCCACCAAGGCAAACUCGUCGAGUCCAACUGUGGGGCCUCGCCGCUCACCAUCCCACCAAUGUCUGCUGCAACGGAUCCCUGGCGUCUGGACAACACAGAUGGAGAGUUCCCCUUCAAUGAGGAGAGGGUGAUUCCUGAUGGAGUCAACAGGGACUCGGCCAUCAUCGGAGGGAUCAUUGCGGUGGUAAUCUUCACCAUCUUAUGUACUCUGGUGUUCCUGAUCCGCUACAUGUUCCGCCACAAAGGCACCUACCACACCAACGAGGCCAAGGGCAGCGGCGAGUCCGCCGGGGAGUCGGCGGACACGGCCAUCAUUGGCACCGACAACCCAGAGACCAUCGACGAAUCAAAAAAGGAGUGGUUCAUCUAACGGCCCCCCCCGACUGGACUUUUAAGGGAAAAGCGAUUUAGCGAUUUGCCGCGUCAACAGUUGCCACACAAAAAAAUGGAGGAGGUGUUAUUCAGUGACCAAUCGCCGGGGGGGAGAUGGAGGAACGGUCAAUCAGCAGGACAGUGAUCUCCUAUAGGAGGCUGAGAUGUGGGAGAAAAGACAUGUACAGGAAGCUUUUUUUUUUUUGUUUGUCGUUUGUUUUUGUUUUCUUUUGUUUUUUUCUUUUUAUAUAUCCAGAGUAUUUGAGAGAGAAGACAGGCGUUAUUCAGCGGGGCACAGCUAAAAGAGACUCUACAUGUAUAUACUAACCGGCUUGUCCUUCUUUGUAUUGUGCUUGGAAAACAUUUUUGAAUACUGUAUAUGACAAAUAAUUAUACUUACUGGGUCAUGUGAUAGCACAGAUUUAUUGCCAGGCUCUGUUGUGUUUCUUAAUUUUAUUUUUUACCGAAAGCUCUCCGAUCACAGAUCAACAUUUCUUUUGAAUUUAUCAGGCUCAGUUGCACCAGUCCUCAUAUCUGUCACAAGUAUUACGGUAAUGAGAGUUGAACAUCGAUGCCAAAUUUCACUUUGUAAAUAUAAUAUUUUGGGUUGUUAUUAUUUUUAUUUUAUUUUUUUCCUUUUCCUCAAAAGAUUUAUUUAGAGUCAUUUAAAUCACAAACACUAAUGAGAAAUGUAUGAUCUAUAUUGCUAAGAUAGUGAGUCUGUUCAUUAUAUAUUUUGUGAAGUAUAGAGUUUUAUGUUUAAAUUUGAUGAAUUGUAUGGGACAUCAUGACGCUCCAUAUUUUGGCUUGUUUCACGCGGCGAGGAAGGUUUUAUUUUAUCUUCAUUGACUUUAUUUAGAAGUAGGGAAACAUGGUCCGUUUCUUUCUUUCUUUGCCAAACACGUGAGUCUUAUGUGCUUCGUUUGACUUUUGAGUUGAGGAAACUCUGUAGAUCUUUUAGACGGGCGUUGUGGACUGUGGCGUUCAUGCAUCUGUGGGGUAUGCGUGUCGGCCAGGAGAACGGGACAUUAAAAGUGCUGUAUUUAAAAUAUGUACAACAGAGACCUUGAGCGUUUAUAAUGGUCAACGCAAUCCAAAUUCAAAGUAGUGGAGAAGAGGACACCCUGGCAUUACCCCGCGUUCAUAUACAUAUAUAAAUGUCCCACUGUUUGUUUUAUUUUUAUUUGGUUAGAGUUUGAAACGGCAGACAGUCAUCGUGUGUUGUGAGGAGAUGACAAGGCUACAACUGUAAAAACAUUCUACACAUAAAAUAUCCACCAACCACCAGAGAGAGAAAGUGAGAGAGACCGUUUACUAACCUUGGCUGAAACUUUCAUCAACCUCUCCUUUUUCAUUCGUCUAUAUUUUCUAUAAUUUUGUCUCCUUUUUAGGUUCAUUUCAUCGCUGCAGCUCACUGCGUCGAGGUGUUUAAGCGCCUUGAGCUGUGUCGUCUGUGUGCACGGCGGUGGGAGGAGCAAUGGACCAAAACUCCAAAAACCGAAACAUAAACUAGAGUUUGCAGCCAGCAAAUGAAAAUGUAUUUUGUGAAUAUUAUUGGCUGCACCAUUGUUAUCAUUAUUCAAUUCCUUGAUCUCUGAUCACAUAUCACGGUCAUUUUCUGACUUCAUAGGAUACAUUUCUUACAUAUAGUAUCUUUAAAAUGGUGGAAAAAUAUUUUAGUUCUCGAUCUGGGACAAGGUGAAGAUGGUCACUGGCUUACUUGUUUGUUGUGCCUUCAAGGUCUUGAACCAUUUGGCCUUGCCCCAGUUCAUGAAUCCCUUUGUGCGUGUGUGUUAAAUGUAAUUAAUCUCAAUCAAAGCUUGAUUUCAAAUUCAGAAUAAUAAAGUAGUAUUGCUUUAAUCACACUAGGUUUAUGCAGCAGGAGCAGCUAUACAUUGACACUUAUUGCAAUAUACACACAAACAUCUAUAGUUUUGUAAGCUAUGAAUCAAGCCUCGUUAGUUAUUUUGUUUUCCCAUCCGUUGUGUUUACCUGUUUUUCUUACACUUCACAAUGUGUGACCAUUUUUACUGUUUCAUUGUAAGUUUUUUUUUUUUGUGUGUGUCUGUUGUCAAACUGUCGCCACGGCGCCUUUUUGUUACAUGAAUGAUUUUCUUCAUUGUCGCUUCAUGUUUGAGUGCUCGCCACACAUCACAGACUCAGCCUGCCUUCUACCGCAGCCUCAAAGAAGACUUUCUCCACACUCGCAUCAAUCCCUGAAGGCAAGUGAGUGAAUCUACUUUACUACUUUUCUUUUUGUAUCUAUUACCCAGACUAUACAGUAAUGCCCCUGAUAAUGGACUCUCAGCUCCAGCAAACAAAACCAUAACUGUUUUUUUUUCUGUUUGUUUGCCUGUUGCAUUCGGUUUAUUACGUUCAAUAAAGAGUGUUUGAUCUUUAA